AUGGCGUCCCCGCUACGGAGUAUCUCCAGAUGCCCCAAAUGGCUUGGCUCUCGCCUCUGCCAUUCACACGCUGCUCCUGAAGCAAAUCCCGUCAACGCCCGCCUCCGAUUCGCGCCAUCUCCCACUGGCCACUUGCACCUCGGCGGCCUCAGAACAGCCCUUUUCAACCAUCUUCUCGCGAGGAAGUGGAAGGGAAAAUGGCUCCUGCGUAUAGAAGAUACGGAUAGGACAAGAUACCAGGAAGGAGCCGUGGACAGUCUCAGAAGCGCUUUGGACUGGGCGGGGCUGGAUUACGACGAAGGCGUGGGUGCUGGGGGCUCACAUGGCCCCUACACUCAAUCCGAAAGAUUGGACAUCUACCAGCACUACUCCAAACAACUGGUAGCCAAAGGCGAAGCCUACGAAUGUUUCUGCACCCCCACCCAGCUUGAGGCUAUCAAAAUGUCUCUGAAGAAACAAGGUCUGAUGCACAGCUAUGAUGGUCGCUGUCGACAUCUCACGGAGGAAGAUGUCGCCCGGAGGAAAAAGGCUGGCCAUACAUAUGUUGUGCGGUACAAGAACGAGUCCGGAAAGCUUGACCUCCCUGCAGACAUGAUUUACGGCGACCGCCAACCUACAGCUGUGAUAGGCCCAGACGACUUUGUGCUCAUGAAAUCUGAUGGCUGGCCAACGUAUCAUCUCGCGAGUGUGGUGGACGACCAUCUCAUGGAGAUCACACAUGUCCUCCGUGGAGAGGAGUGGCUGGCGUCUGUGCCCAAGCAUCACAGGCUUUAUACCGCAUUCGGCUGGACCCCUCCCCGUUUCGCCCAUUUGCCCCUCCUCUGUAACCCCGACGGCACAAAGUUGAGCAAACGUAAGGGCGAUACAUUUGUCGAGCAUUAUAUUAGACGAGGCUACGAACCCGACGCCCUGCUCAACUUCCUAGCACUGAUGGGAUGGGACUACCAAUCCAUCAUCUCGCCUUCCUUUGAUCCUCAAGAAACUCCUCUCGAUCCUCAUGUUCGCAGCGACGGGCAUUCUCUCCACGAACUGUUCUCAUUGACACAGCUCAUUGAGUCUUUUGACCCUUCGUAUAUUACACACCGGAAAGCGUCUGUCGAUCAGGGCAAGCUGGAUUUUCUGAACAAGAUGACGUUAAGGAGGAAAGCUGGUCGCUUGGGGGCGGACGGGAGCAUGAUCAAUGCUCUCAAUAAAGAGGGAAACUCCGAGAAGGAGAAGAGGGCGCUGGUCCAGCGUUUUCAGACAAUGUUGAAGGAAGAGAAGGCGCUACGCGGAUGUGUUCGUGUGGACGAUCUUGGAUACGUUGAGAAAGUACUCGAGGCAGACCUGCCUCGAACAGUAAUUCUCAAGGACAUGCCUUUACAAUCUAUUUUUUAUUUCCUCCCUCCAACCUACACCUGCCAAGAAUCGCAACUCAUCCUGAAGACCAUCAACCCACGUCUCUACUGCCAAUACAUCGGCCUUUUCGCCGAAACACUUCAACAUUACGCCGACAAAGCAGUGACCGUUGACUCUGACCUCGUCUGGGAUGUCAUCCACAAAGUCAUUGACGAGUUGCACAUCGCAAAGAAACCCCAACUCCUCGUGCCCCUCCGGCAUGCUUUGACAGAGCGCAAAAAGGGACCUGGUGUACCUGAACUUGUAUCAGUACUGGGUCUUGAAGAGAGUUUGUCGAGAUUACGCAGAGCUGAGGAUUUUGUUAGAGAACGUCUCGAGCAGGAUUAG